AUGGUCCAACAUCCUGAAGUUCUAUGGGCACAACGCAGCUCCCAGUUUGAAUCAGAAAAGAACGUGAUCUAUGUCACUGUGAACUUGCCAGAUAUCCAGGAAAAAACCCUCGAGUACAACUUGACCCCUUCUUCCAUCUCUUUCAAGGCAAAGACUGGAGACCAAUCCAAGGCCAUCCCGGAAAAGGAAUACGCAUUCAACCUCGACUUCUAUGCUGAAGUGGUGCCAGAGCAAUCGACCAAAAAGCUGUCUUCUCGUUCCCUUUCUUUGAUCCUCCAAAAGAAAGACAACAAGACCGAAUAUUGGCCCCGUCUCUCCAAGGAAAAAGUAAGAAACGCGUUCCUCAAAACAGACUUCAGCAAAUGGGUCGAUGAGGAUGAACAAGACGGCAAUGACGUUGAGCCACUUGAACAAGACGACCCAACAGGUGGAAUGGGUGGCAUGGGUGGCAUGGGCGGCAUGGGUGGUAUGGGUGGCAUGGGUGGCAUGGAUCUUGAAAAGAUGAUGGCACAGUUUGGAGGAGGAGGAGCGGGCGGAGGCAUCCCCGACUUCGGUGCUGGUUCGUCAAGCGCUGCCGAUGAGGGAGGCGAUGACGAUUCAGAUGAUGAUGGUCCUCCCCCACUGGAGGAGGCUGAGCCCCCCAAGUAA